GCUUUUCACACUUAGAAUUGUUCAUCUCAGACCAUUCUAAACUCCGGGUUUGGCCUAUAUUUGAAAUGUUUAAAAUGUUCAGACUUUACAAGGUUUUUCAAGGUUUCUCUUUGGUAAAUCCCAUUUUAUUGUUCCUAUUUGCAUAUUUUCACUUACUGGUAGAGGCGGGGUUGACCUUCAUGAAACCUCUUACCUCAAAAGCAAAAGCAAAAAAAAAAAAAAAAAGGGAAAGUCUCAUAUAUAAACUAAAUAAUAAUAACCUAAAUAUAUAAACACAAAUUAAACUUAAGGAGAGAUCUUCUGUCUAAUAAAGAUUAAAUAUUAGGCUAAUUGUUUUUUGUUUUGUUUUCCGGAUGCUUUGAGGAUUAAAAUUAAAUGUAAAAAAAAAUUUAAACCUACAAUCAAUUAAACAAAUAUACAUUUUGUAAAUAAAACUUACCUAUAAUCAAAAUAUUACUGGACGAAUUCACAGCAAAAGACCUGUUGAAAUAAUGGACAUCAGUUGGGCUUCUUGCAGUCUGUACACCAGUUUUCCCUGAAUAAGUUAGACAAAUGGACAAUUUUUGGGUCAAACAUUAGGAAUAAAGCAGUUUUAUAAGUUUGACUUGUUAAUUUUCCCCUCAGACCAGCGUGAGCCGUGUACGUUUCCGUUGUCGUAAAAACUGUAUAAAUAUUUAAUGAGGUGAGGUAAGCGCUGUUCAGUUUAUGAUUGGUUGUUUGCCAAGGUUUGUGGGGCUACCGUCUUUGGACUGGGCAUCUAUUUGAUGACAUUCUCCAGGUUCUCUUCUCUACUCCCCAGUCUUCAGGAUAUGAACAUCGCAAACACACUUUUCAUCACUGGCAUCAUUAUCACCUGUGUCUCCUUCUUGGGCUUUCUUGGAGCCCUGAAGGAAAAUCGUUGCCUGCUUAUAUCUUUCUUCGUACUGUUGUUCAUUCUAAUGUUGGCUGAGCUGGCUGCUGCCUGCCUUUUGCUGAUGUACGAGACACAGAUUGAGAAAUUCAUUGAUAAAGAUCUUAAGGAAGGUUUAGACACAUCCAAAAAGAGCAGAGAAAAUGGAACAACUGUUGCAGAUGACUGGGACAAAGUGCAAAUGACUUUUCUUUGCUGUGGAAUCAAUAACUAUACAGAAUGGGGGACACAUGUACCGAAGUCAUGCAUCAACAAUACAAAUGAAACGCAUUAUUGGCCGCAGGGUUGUUUCACAAAACUGAAGGACACAUUUGAAAAAAACCUCUUGAAUACAGGGAUUGGCGUCAUUGUUGUCUGCGUUAUUGAGGUCUUGGGUAUGUGUUUCUCAAUGACCCUGUUCUGCCACAUAAGUCGAAGUGGGUUAGGAUACAAAUGAUCAAACACAAUGUUUCCAUAUUUCACAGUUUGUGUUUUUGAUAACUGUUGUCUCACAAAUACCCAAAGACAGCCAGUAAAAGACAAGAUGGCCAACAGUUCUUACAUGGAUGCUUGGUUCUAUAAUAUGUAUACGGUAUGUGUCCUCCUCUAAAAAACAGUGGUACAAAUCCAAAAUGACUGUAACUGCAUUAUUGUUAUUAUUAUUAUUAUUUUGCAUGUAUGAAUUACAGUUAUUAGAGCAGUUAAAUCAGGAAAAACUCUCAGCAGUACUAUUUUGCCAUCACAGCUUAAAAGGGGGUUUAGGGGGUUUUAGACGCUGAAUUCACCCACUUUCAUCUGCAUGUCAAGUUAUAAAGAGGGUAAGGUAGAUUUUCUAUGAUGAAUCAUCUUUACACAAAAAUAUAAUGGCAUAUUACACUGUAUAUAAGUACCGAUUCUAUUUCAGAUCAUAAUUAUUUUUGACCAAGUAUGUUCCUGUAAUUGACUCGUUAUAUAACUAUAAUUGACUUAUGUAGACUAUAGAAGAACAAUGCAAAGCAUUUAUUUCUGAUCACUUCCUUUUCUGAGUAGCUGUAGCAGUGACUAAACCAUGUGAUUUCCCAGAAUAUGCACACGGUGGAAACCACGUAUGCUUAUUUAAAACCAUGUACACCAUUUGUAAUGCAUAUUGUUUUUUUCCCUUUUCUUUUCUCUGCAAACCAAUGUAAAUUAAACUAAAACAGAAUGAAAAUGUUUUAUCUCCUUUUUGAAACAUUAAGGCAAAUACCAGAAUUAUGCUUAUGGUGGAUAGAGGAAGCACCACCCAAUAGCAAAUCAACACUUCCUCUAGUGUUAUGGUCAUGAUGGGUGGCUUGCAACAAUGCUUUCGGUUAUGAAAUUGCAUUUAAAGUUCACGGAAGUUGAAAUGUAGGUGGUCAACAGCAUUGAAAAAAAAAAAUUAAUGAAACCAAGCAUCAGAAUUCAACAGUUUUAUUUUAGAACAAAAUCCUGUCUCCACAAUAUUUAAGACCCAAAAAAACUAAAAAAUACUAAGAUUUCCUUUACAUGUUUUAAAAUAAUUUUGUUCUUUUUGAACAUCACACAAAAAAUAGAAACAAAUACAAUUUAAAGUAAUCUUUUCUUAAAAAAAAAAAAAAAAAAAAAAAAGUAACUGUACACGGCAGAAUACACCAUUUUUCGCAAACACCCCUUAGACCUCUUCAACUAUACACACACAUUAUUGCAGUUCACCUAAAAUAUGCAAAACUAAUCUUUUUAAACAAAAUUGAUCUUUCGUUAUAUUUUCUGUUCUUUAAAACGGUGGCUUGUAUACCAAUCUAAAGUUUCACCCUUUUGCAUUAGUGCCCUUGUGCAAAAGCAGAAACUGAAUCUCAUAUACUGAUUAUCUUAUUUUGGGCUUAAUGGAAACUAUAAAAGUGUGAACAAAUGAGGUGCUUGCAAAGAUACAAGGGGGUGGGAGAAGUAUUUGUCCCACAUGUAUCCAGAGGGACGUUAAAGCCAUUAAGGCAAUGCUGCAAAUAUCCAAAGUUGGCAGAAGUAGUAACUGUUCUAAUGAUCUAGGACCAGUUAUGGUUUCUCAUACAACAAAUAAGGCUGGAAUUUGGUGGGGAAAACAGUUCCUAAACCAGUGUCUAAUUCUAUAGAGGUUUCUCGGCUGUUGUUUUAAAGCCACAUAAUUCAUUUAUAGCUUUAAUUGUAUCAUACAUCUCAAUAGGACUUGCUGUGCAUCCAAAUCUGUACAAAAAUAAACCGAUAGUCUUGCUUUCUCAACCGUUACGAACAGAGAAGAGCAUAUAGUGCCAUCUACAAAUGCUUGAUAACGCAAUUACCUCCUUUUGUACUGAGUAAUAUUAUUACCACUGGUUUCUUAAGAAAAUCCUACACUUGGAGUACCACAUCAUCAUUCUACAAGAGUCCAGAAGCACUUCAGCUCUGUUAAUCACAGAGGAAGUGCAUAAUCAAGCAGAAAUAUAUAGAGAUAGCCAGGUUUGUCUGAAACUACAACAUAUUCAUUUCCAUUAGUCACUGAGGGGAUGUGAAACCAUCUUUCAUGAACAAGAGACACAUAAUCAAUCGCCUAGUGAAUCUUCCAUAGGCAUCGUAUUUGGAAUGAGUACAGCUCAAUGGGGGACCCAGCCCCAUUCGAAUAUUGCUAGAUAAGAACCAAAGCUCUGCCUUUAGUACAAGUGUCAGUUAUGAAUCAAUAAGUUACAUAUAUUAAGACUCCAUUAAAAGGACAGAUGGAAAAUGUAGAUCACAUAAGGCCCCAUCAUUGUAGGUUUCAUUCAGUCCUAUUGAAACCAGAUGAAUGGGAGGAAAAGGAACUUUAAUAUUGCUAUUAAACAGCACGACUGUUUUGCAAAGACAUACUUUUGAGUGUAUGGCAUAAACUAAACUAACUGAAAGAAGAAUACAGCAUCCAGAAGCACUCACUCACCCCAUGCUGCCACAAAUUUGAUCUGAAGGAAAUGUUACAAAGUUUCUGGGCGCUGCAGAAGGGUAAGACCAUCUCUUAAGUUUGAUCAUCUCACUCAAAACUAAAACUAGUCGAUUAAGUGGGGUCAGCAGCUGUUCUAAACUUAGCAGCCUUAUUUAAGAAGUGUAUUUUCUUUGAAACCUGCUCAAGGGCUUCAACCGGAACUCCUCCUUAAAGCUGCUGUGUGAUUGGGAAAUAAAGACCAUUUAUGGACAUUGUUCUCAGACACUCAAAAAUGUUUCAAGAAGCAAAACCAAUCAACACCCACCAAACUAUCGCUCAACACUAUCUGAAUGUAGAGCUGUUAACAAAAUCACUCAGCAUUGGUUCUUAAUUCUUGUCCUGCUGAUCCCCUGCUUUGUGCAUUUUGGAGGUCACCAUUAUUUAACACACCAGAUUCAGGAGCUGAUUAGGAGGGAGCUCUAUGAACCCUGGACCAAGAUUAAGAACCUCUGCACUUCAGUAUCUCCAAGUGUGAGCUACAGUACAAACGUUCAACAGCAUGGGCCGCAAAGGCGACCGCUUAACACCACUACAUGCAAACACAAUGCAUUAGUUUACAAGUCAGACUGGGAUGAAGUGUCAGUACUAGUAUACCUGUCUUGCUUAUGGUCAUCAUGUGCCAUUUUAGUUUAGUUUGUGAAAUUUUUACUCCGUUUUAAAACAAACAAUCAUUCGCGUUAUAAUCCAGAAAGCAAAUGUACUCAUUUCAAAGCAACAACAAAAAAAAAAGAGAGUGUAUCAUUUUCCUUCCCCAUCACUUCAGGAAGUGCACCACUUCUUUGUGCCAUUUUCUUGGAAUUUCAUUAAGCUACACAAUUUAAAGCUCACCGACGUAUAGAGAAAGCACAAAGGUAGAGCCAAAUCAGAGGCGUUUUUUUUUUUUUUUUUAAA